AUGGAGCCUGACGCUAUCUCCCAACUCAAAGCGCUACUAAGCGCAGCCCCAAAUCUUCGCUCUCAACUCAGCAAUGCCGAACGUCUCCAGCUCAGCGGGUUAGCUGAAGCACUCAGAAAUGAAUUGGAAAGACCAGAUGAAGCCGUAUUCAGGGUUACCUUCAAUGACCCUGGACAUUAUCUGGCUAUACGAUUAGGCAUACAAUGGGGAAUCUUUGAAGCACUGGGCUGCCAUGGUGAUGAGGGCAAGUCGAGUGUGCAGCUUGCGGAGGGUACUGGGGCGGAUGCGCGAUUAGUUGCUCGCUUUCUGCGUCACCUAGCAGCGAAUGGCACAAUCCGUGAAGUCGGUCUCGAUACCUACGCAAGCACUCGACUCUCAGCUUCUUUGAGGCAAAAGUCUUUCAAAGAUGCUAUACAUUUCAUGUAUGACGACUUCUACGACGUGGGCUGGAAAGUACCCUCCUUUCUUGACUCGAUAUCUCAUCGCAAUCCCGCCGAUAUCAACAACGGCCCCUUCCAACAUGCACAUGGUUUCUCUGAUAAAUCACUGUACACAUACUUUGAUGAAGACCCAGCGAUGGGAGCGCGGUUCGGCGGUAUGAUCCAGAUGUACAAUGCUGGUAAACCGUUCUUUUGGGAGAACGAUUAUUACCCUUUCGAUAAACGCUUGGUUACCGGAGGGCCCGAAUCUGAUGACGAUGUGCUGCUUGUAGACAUUGGAGGUGGGGAUGCCGGGGAUUUGGGCCUGUUGCGGAAAGCACUGGGAAAAGAAGUAAAGGGCCGGCUUGUUCUGCAAGAGUUGAAACAUAUCGUUGAUCGGACCGUGGAAGACGGGUUUGAAGCGGAGGUAGGCGACUGGAACCAAGUUCAGCCGAUCAAAGGAGCAAGAGCGUAUAUGCUCCAACACAUCCUCCACGACUUCAGCAGCGACGAUGCAUGUCGCCGCAUACUUCGCAACAUCAUCCCCGCUAUGGAGCCCGGCUACUCUAAGCUCCUCAUUAAAGACCUUCUUGUACCCGAUCGAAAUGCACCAUGGGCAUUCACGGCUUUGGAUGUCAACGUUAUGCAAUCACUCUCUGGUCAAGAGCGAACUGAGUCACAAUUUCGCGAGCUACUUGAUUCUGUGGGACUGAAAAUUGAGGGCAUCUGGGGUCACAAGAAUGCGCUGGAUGUUGUCAUUGAAGCCUGUCUGCCCUAG